AUGGAGCUUGCCUACGAGUACACACGGAAGCGCAAAGAUUUCGGCCGACCCUGCAACUUCUCCGACUGGCCGGCCAGGGUGACCGUGGACAUCCCCCCCGACCCCAGCCUGGCCAGCAACUUCAUCCUGAGGAACCCCGUGGACAGCAGCGUCCAGCACGUCUGCGAGAUGGCCCUGCACGAGGUCAACACCGAGCGGGUGGAGGUGGCAUCUCGCGGUGUGAACCACGUGGAGGGCGGCUGGCCCAAAGACAUCAACCCUCAGGAGCCGGAGCAAACCGCGCGCUUCCGGAAGAAGCUGGAGAAAGAUGAGAACUAUGUCAACACCAUCCUGCACCUCGGCACCCUGAUGGAGCACUACGUCAAGCAGAACAACACGGUCGACAUCUACGAGGAGUAUUUUGAGGAGGGGGACGUGGUGGAGUUGGAAGACCAGCCCCCCUACGCAAAAACCAUCAACAUCCUCAGGGAUCCAAACGUAGUCAAGAGGACAGCCACACGUCUCUCCUGGAACCCCAAUGCAAGCGAGAAACUGGCCGUGGCUUAUUCCAACCUCCAGUUCCAGCACAGCACAAAGGACAUGAGCUUUGAUUCCUACAUCUGGGAUCUGGGAAACCCCAAUGAGCCAGAGCUUGCUCUCUCACCAUCCUCCCCUCUUGUCUCGCUGGAAUACAACCCCAAAGACUCCAACAUCCUGUUGGGAGGAUGCUACAAUGGGCAGAUGGCUUACUGGGACAUCAGGAAAGGGGAGCUGCCCGUGGAGGUGUCCACUGUGGAGUUCAGCCACAGGGACCCCGUGUAUGGAGCUCUCUGGUUGCAGUCCAAAACGGGCACCGACUGCUUCUCAGCCUCCACGGACGGGCAGGUCCUGUGGUGGGACAUCCGCAAGCUGUCCCAGCCCACCGAGAAGGUGGUCUUGGACAUCAGUGGGAGAGGGAGCUUGAAGGACUCUCUGGGUGCUGUUGCACUGGAAUUCGAGCCCACCCUGCCCACCAAGUUCAUGGUGGGCACAGAGCAAGGCAUCGUCCUCGCCUGCAACCGCAAGGCCAAGACACCCCAGGAAAAAAUCAGCGGCACCUUCAGCGGCCACAUCGGACCCAUCUAUGCACUGACCAGGAACCCUUUUAACCCCAAGAUCUUCCUAACGGUUGGUGGCUGGGCUGCUCGGAUCUGGUCAGAGGAGAUCAAGGAAUCAGCAAUUAUGUGCACCAAGAACCACCCCUCCUACCUGAUGGACGGAUGCUGGAGCACCAUGAAGCCGGCCGUCUUCUUCACCACCAGGUCGGAUGGCACCCUAGAUGUCUGGGACUUCCUCUUCAAGCAGAAGGACCCAUCCCUCAGCCUGAAGGUCUGCAACGAACCCCUGGACAGCCUGCGCCUGCAGGACAGCGGCUGCAUCCUCGCCUGCGGCUCCAGGAUGGGCACGGUCACCCUGCUGCAGAUCUCCCCUGGACUCUGCACCCUCCAGAAGAAUGAGAAGAACUUGGCCAACAACAUGUUCGAGCGGGAGACAAGGAGGGAAAAGGUCCUGGAGGCCCGGUACCGGGAAAGGCGGCUGAAGGAGCGUGCCCAGUCGGAGGGUGUGGGGACGGAGGCAGAGGAGUUCCGGCAGACCCCUGAGGAGGUGUUUGUUGACACCCGCAACAGGUACUUCAUGAUCAUUGAAGACGAGCUGCAGAGGAGGAUGCAGGAGACAACUGUGCUGUACGAAGUGCGCCAGGACGAGGAGGGUGGAAAGGAGGAGGGUGGAAAGGAGGAAGGUGGAAAAGAAGAGGAUGAAAAGGAGGAGGAUGAAAAGGAGGAGGAUGUAAAGGAGGAGGCUGGAAAGCAGGAGGCUGGAAAGCAGGAGGCUGGAAAGCAGGAGGAUGGAAAGGAAGAGGAUGGAAAAGAGAAGGAUGGAGAAGAGAACGCUGCCAAGGAGCUGUAGCCAAGAAAGGACCAGUGGCUCAUGCAGGAACCCUCAUGUUGGCCACAGGUGCUCGCUGGCCCUUUUCCCUCCUGAUUUAUUUUCUUUCUUUGGGUUGAAUAAAC